AUAAGAGAGACGUCUCAAACAUUCUGAUUCCUGAUCUCACUCAAACCAAGCCUCUCAAGGACUGAUUAAUUUAUUUUGUUUUCGUUUCACCGCGACGCUCCAUGGAAAACCCUCACUAUGCUGUUAGAAAAAGCUUGAAGCGCAAGCUCGAAGCAGAUUUAAUCCACACUUCCAAACAACUUCACCCAAAGAUCUCUGCAAAGAUUCUCCGACACGUCUCUCUCCUCAACUCCGCUCACCCAUCCUCUGUCUCUGAUUGUACUGCCAUUAAGAGUGCUAUUGAUGCCCUAUCUCUACUCGCUGAAAACGAGGAUCUUGUGGAUACUCUACUGAAAUGCGGUGUCGUCCCCGCUCUGGUGAGGCAUCUUCGAUUGACAGACAACGCACGGAGAGAUGACGGUGAUGAGGCAGACUCUGUGAAAGAUGACAGUGAUGGCGUUACCAAACAUUUUCAGUUUGAGGUCAUCAAAGGAUGCGCGGUCAUCCUUGAGCUUCUUGCCAUUGAAAAAGAGUAUCAGCAACUCGUUGUGGAUGCUGGAGCCUUGCCCUGUCUUGUUGAUUGGUUAAGGAUGCAAAAGAUCAGUACUAUUGCUCAACCACUUAUUGACCUUCUAAAGAGAGUAGCUGAUGCAAUAACCAGCCUAGCCCAUGAAAAUACUGGCAUUAAGACCCUAGUCAGGAUGGAAGGUGGUAUAGCUCCUCUUGUUGAAUUGCUUGAAUUCAAUGACAUAAAGGUACAGAGAGCAGCUGCACGGGCCUUGCGAACUCUUGCAUUUAACAAUGAUGCUAAUAAAAAUCAGAUUGUUGAAUGCAAUGCGUUACCCACUCUUGUACUAAUGCUCCAAUCAGAGGAUCCUAAAGUACAUUAUGAGGCAGUUGGUGUGAUUGGAAAUCUGGUCCACUCUUCGCCAAAUAUUAAGAAAGAAGUUCUUCUAGCUGGUGCUUUACAACCUGUCAUUUCUUCACUUAGUUCCUCCUGUCCGGAGAGCCAAAGAGAAGCAGCUCUUUUAAUUGGUCAGUUUGCCACAACAGAUUCAGAUUGCAAGGUUCAUAUUGGCCAAAGAGGGGCUAUUCCACCAUUAGUUGAUAUGCUUAAGUCUCCAGAUGUUGAGCUUCAGGAAAUGUCAGCUUUUGCACUUGGGAGGUUGGCACAGGACUCACAUAAUCAAGCUGGUAUUGCUCAAAGUGGAGGUAUAGAGCCUCUGCUCAAACUUCUUGGCUCAAAGAAGGUUCCUGUCCAACAAAAUGCUGUUUUUGCUCUCUAUAGUCUUGUUGAUAAUGAGAACAAUGUUGCAGACAUUAUUAAGAAGGAUGGUUUUCAAAAACUGAAGGCUGGAAAUUUCAGAAAUCAACAAACUGGAGUGUGUGUAACAAAGACAUUAAAAAGAUUAGAGGAAAAGACUCAAGGGCGAGUGUUGAAACACCUAAUACAUCUUAUACGCUUGGCGGAAGAAGCAGUUCAAAGACGUGUAGCUAUUGCUCUUGCUUAUUUAUGUUCUCCUCAUGAUCGUAAAACUAUAUUCAUUGACAAUAAUGGAUUAAAAUUGCUGCUGGAUAUUCUUAAAUCUUCAAAUGUAAAGCAGAAGAGUGAUGCUUCAAUGGCGCUUCACCAAUUGGCUGCCAAAGCCAGUUCUUCUUUCUCUCUUUUUGACAUCGCUCCUCCAUCACCAACUCCCCAGAUGUACUUGGGCGAGGAAUAUGUAAACAAUCCUAAACUUUCUGAUGUCACAUUCCUGGUUGAAGGUAGAAGUUUCUAUGCUCAUAGAGAUUGUUUAGUUUCUUCGGAUAUCUUUCGUGCAAUGUUUGAUGGCAGUUAUAGGGAAAGGGAAGCCAAAAAUAUAGUGAUUCCGAACAUUAAAUGGGAUGUCUUUGAAUUGAUGAUGAGAUUUAUAUACACUGGAACAGUAGAUGUCAAUUUGGAUAUUGCUCAGGACCUGCUCAGAGCAGCAGAUCAGUAUCUUCUGGACGGCCUUAAGCGUAUAUGCGAAUAUGCUAUUGCUCAGGAAAUUUCUGAGGAAAAUGUUUCACUACUGUACAAGAUGUCAGAGGAUUUCAAUGCUACUUCAUUAAAACAUUCAUGUAUACUGUUUAUGCUGGAGAAAUUUGAUAAACUGAGAUCUGAACCAUGGUAUUGUCCUCUGGUUCGUCACAUUUUACCAGACAUAUGCAUGUUCUUCUCAACUUUACUUGUCAAGUCUCAUCCAGCUGACUCAUGAGAAUCCCUAGAUUUUAGCCAUGACAGGAAGAAAGUUGAAAAUGUACAAAGAUGUAAAUGUAUGUUAGAUAUAGAAAUCGCAGAUCAUUAUUUUUUAGCAUGUAGUGGGUUUCUUUGACUAAUGAUAUUAUUCUUGUUCGAUUCGCUGACUUUUUCGUUCAGAUCGGCGGUUUCGUCACCAAUUUUGGCGAUGGCCUCCGAUUUACGAUUGUGGGUGUGGUUCUAGUUUGGAGGUUGUUGAUUUUGUUGUUCUUGUGGUUGGGGUUGGUUGAUUUGGUUUUUUUGUUGCAUGGGCCAUCGAAGGGGAGGGGGAGGGAGGAGCGGCGUGAGGAGAGAAAAAGAGCUUAUCUGAGAUGAGAAAGAGACGUGGGGGUAAGAGAAAGAAAAGGAAACAGGCUGAUUCUUUUGCACAUCCUAUCGUUCCACAUCACCACUAUUCAGGCAUCAAUUUCGAAGGUUUGCUAUAUAAAAAUUAUAACGAUUGUUGUUGUAAAAUUAGACCAAGUAGUUGUGUGUGUUUAUUUUUAAUAUUUAAAAAUUAUAAAAUUGGAUAUUUGAAAUCCAAUAAAUUUACCCAUUGGUCAUUA